CUACUUUUCUUGGUAUGUCUCUCUUUUCAUCUUUCUUAUUUGUCUUGUUUCUCUUCUCUUAGAUUCCAUAUUCCAUGCUCAAACAACUUCAUAACCCAUUAUCUUUCUUUCUUCAUCCUCAUCAUCUUCAGUUUCAGGGAUAAAGAAGCACCGGUGAGAACCAAUUGCUUGAUUUAUUUCAUGGCAUUUCAGCAAUGUUUUCCGGGUGACAUGAAAACCAUUCCAACUUCAGUAUCAGAAGCGGAAAAUUCCAACGGUUGUUUCGACUGCAACAUCUGCCUAGACUUCGCGAACGAGCCCGUAGUCACGCUUUGCGGCCACCUAUACUGCUGGCCUUGUAUCUACAAGUGGCUUCAUGUUCAAAGUGAUGAUUAUCUUGGAGUCGAUGAACAUCCGCAAUGUCCUGUGUGCAAAGAUAACAUAUCGCAUACAACGAUGAUACCGUUGUAUGGCCGCGGAGGGCAGGCUCCGUCGAGUGAGAAAUCGUCAUGUUUUAAUGAUGGUUUUGUACCACCUAGGCCAUCUGCUUCAGGUGCUCAGGCUCUUUUGAAUUUGGGGACCGCGUCUCAAGGCGAUCAUCAGCAGCGGCUGCUUCCCUAUCGUAAUCCUUAUCGCGGUCAAUAUUAUCGACAAGAGGAUGAUGUUACUUCGCAAAUGCUCAAUCUUGGUGCUUCUGUGACCUCAGGAUCUCAGCACAAUCCUGUGGUUGGGAUGUUUGGGGAGAUGGUUUUUUCCGGAGUGUUCGGAAGUUCGAGGAAUUCUUAUCAGACGUUGCGAAAUAAUGGCUCUAGAUUGAGUAGGCAGGAGCUGGAGACUGAUAAGUUUUUGAAUAGAAUUUCAAAUUUUCUGGUCUGUUGCGUUUUUGUAUGUCUUAUUGUAUUCUAAACACGGAGUUAAUGAAUGAAUUGUCAUGAGCUAAAAAAAUUUGUGUUUCUACAUUUCUUUUUUGGGUGAAUGUGUGUGUUGUUACAUUUAGUACACAUUGUUAUAAUUAAUUAUGAUUUUAGAUUUUCUAGAGUGAUUGAUAGGAUUCUUGGACUAAACAAAUUUUUAGGUUUUCAUCAGGUAUUUUUGGUGGUUUUUCAACAACUUUUCUUCUCUAAUUGCACGUAGAUUAUCAUGUUUGGGACCGGAUCUGCUGCCUCCUAUUCUUCCGCUUUCAAUUUCACCACACUCCCUCUGAUUUCUUGUGAAUAUUUGGUAGCUAGUGCUAAUUAUGUAAUGUUGCUCAAACUAAAGCCUCUGACACAAGUACACAACUCUCCCUUUCCACCAAUGAGUAUAAUGAGUACCUCCAAUUGAAGGCACAAAUGCAAAUUACAUCAUGUAUUGUCUCUGCUGCUCAGAAUGAUAAGUCUUAUUGCCUUUGUUACAAAGUUUUGUUCGCGUGGACCUUGGAUCCUUGACUCACAUGCCACUAAUCAUAUGUGUGGUAACAAAUAGCUUUUCACUUAUAUGGAUACACCGCCGAGUAUUCCCUCCGCCUCAUAAUAAAUGUUUUAUUUGAAUUUUGCGCGGUUCUUAAAAAAAUGAUUAGAUGUGUUGAUUUUAAUAGGAAAAUUAAUAUUAUUUACUAAAAUAUCCUUAGUUAUUAUGAGUUGUUGAAAAACGUGAAAAUUACUCCAUCAUUAAACUCAUUCGUACCUUACCUUACUCGGUUACAUUUUCUAAUGGUUGCGUUCUUGUAUAGGACCAGAGUACUGAGAUCACGAUUGGAGUAAGGCAUGAGUCUCAAGAUUUAUAUCACCUUUCAGCACCGAAAAUGCCUAUUUCUUGUUCAAUCGUCAAGUCUCUGUAUGUUGUUCAUCAACGUUCAAAAGUUGCAUCUAAUGAUUCCAAAUCUAUCAAAAUUGUCUACCUUAGAGUGCAAGUCGUGUCAAUUUCUUUCCCGACAGAGUGAAUGAAAGAGCUAUGUCUCAGUUCAUUAUGA